AUGCCUACUUUAGCCAACUUCACACAGACACUGGAGGAUGUCUUUAAAAAGGUUUUUAUUACUUAUAUGGACAACUGGAGGAGAAACACAACAGUGGAACAACAGGCGCUCCAGGCCAAAGUCAACGCUGAGAACUUCUACUACGUCAUCCUGUACCUCAUGGUGAUGAUUGGAAUGUUCUCCUUCAUCGUUGUAGCCAUCCUAGUGAGCACAGUGAAAUCAAAGCGACGGGAGCACUCCCAGGACCCCUACCACCAGUACAUUGUGGAGGACUGGCAGGAGAAAGACAAAAGCCAGAUCUUGCAUCUAGAAGAAUCCAAGGCCACCAUCCAUGAGAACACCGGUGCAACGGGGUUUGCAGUGUCUCCUUGA